UGCAAUGCCAAGGCGAUAGGCUAUAGUGCUAUACGCAAAAUUUAUUUCCUUCAUUUUCAGUUUUCACAUUUAAGUGACUACGCUUAUUAACUUUUAAUUUUUUAAGUUUUAGGUACCAAAAGAAUUCAAAAUGGUUAUGCCAGGAAUGACCUUAGAGAGCUUAAAAAAACACAAGUCCUUAAUCCCGUUAUUUUUUUGUCUGGGUCUUGGUAUGGCGGGUGCUGGUUUCUAUUUGACUCGACUAGCAAUGAAAAACCCUGAAGUGACAUGGCAUCCAAAGAAAAAUCAAGAGCCGUGGGAAGAAUAUAAACAAAAAACUUACAAAUUUUAUUCUACCAGCUCAGAACCUCCAGUAAGUCCAGCUCCUAAGUAUUAGAAAUUCACUAAUCAACACCAAUAUUGUUUGAUCGGUUUUAUUAAAUGAACAUAGUGUUAUAAAUCUUUUUUGCUGUGUUUUCUAUAUUAAAUAAAGAAUUGUUAAAAUAUA